CGGAUCCGAAAAUUACGGAUCCGCAGAUGGUCGGCACCUCACGCAGCGACCUUGCUACUCUCCAUAGGAAAUGAAUGACUUCCGGUUUACCGGCGGUCGUUUGUCGUGUGCAGUGUGAAGGCGGCUUAAGGUUUGUUUUCUGCAUCGGCGGCUUUUAUUUUGACGUAGGUUAGAAACGGCUGCUUGUCUGAACGUCAACGCGAGAGGUGAGGUGCUAUGUUAAGCGUGACUGCAUCAAGUCUAAACAAAACCUGCUGUAUCAGGAGAUACAACUGAGUACUGUAGAGUAUUGCUUUAUCAAUACGGGCUUGUCUAAGCUCACUUUAGUGCAAGGCGUCGUGCACUCGUGGUUUAGUUGCUCCUUGGGGAGGUGAUUCACAUAUGCAGAUUUUAGAGCUCACUAGCCUUGAAACGACCACCGAACUUCUUUGGAAUUUCUAAAGCAAUUGUUUGUCUGUGUGCGAAAACGAAUCAUCAGACAUCAAAUCUAAUGUGUGUUGACGCAGUACGAAUCAAAUAAUAAAUAGUGAUUAGCAGUAAAGUGAUUUACGACUUGUAAACAAAGAAAAAAAAACGAAACCAAUGUAGAUGAAUGUCAAUUCUGUCAUGUUACAAAUGAAACCAGUGUCAGUAUGAAUACAUCGUAGUUAUCAAUAUUACGAGAAAUAAAUCAAUUAUUCAAUUAUUCAUUGUUGACACUGUUGUGAAUUUUACGUUAGCGUUCUAGCAGAUAGCGAUGUCUGAGAGUGGAAGUAGAAUCAGGGACUGGGACUGGAGUAGUUCACAGUGUCGUGCCAGCAUGGAUGAGAUAUUUUUUCGCCAGCAUGACUACAUUCAAGCGAAAAGUAGUGAACACAAGGAGUUCUGGACUUUCUUUGAGCGCUUCCAACGGUUUAAAGGCAAAAGGGAGAUGGUGGGCUCAAAACCUAGUAUGGCAGAGUUACGGAUGAACCGUGCAAGUGACACAGUGGAUCUUGGGCUCCCAAAUGAAUACGAUGCCCGAUACAGGAUCAACAUAUUUGUAAACACCAAAGACUUGGAGGAUCGUCUCGGACACAGGGACUACCCGACCAAUCCAACCAGGCAGGCGGUCACAGAAUGUCGCAUUGGCCUGCUUCAUUUUCUAGAUUUCACUCAGAAGCAGAGCUUCUGUAAACUUCUCAAGCUCCAACGUGACCAGAAGAGCCUGCCCAUCUUCCAUUACCGUGACCGAAUUGUGGAACUGGUUCAAACACAUCCGGUGGUAGUGGUGGCAGGAGACACCGGCUGUGGGAAAUCCACCCAGGUGCCCCAGUACCUGAUGGCGUCUGGUUUUAAAUAUAUAGCCUGUACUCAGCCUCGCAGAAUUGCGUGCAUUUCCCUUGCUAAGCGCGUGAGCUUUGAAAGUCUCAACCAGUAUGGUUCCAAGGUUGGCUACCAGAUCCGCUUUGAAAGCAGGCGCACAUCAACCACUAAACUCCUGUUCCUGACUGAAGGUCUGCUGCUCAGGCAGAUACAGCAUGAUCCUGUGUUAUCCCAGUACAAUGUAGUGAUUGUGGAUGAGGUUCAUGAAAGACACCUGCACUGUGACUUUCUGUUGGGUGUGCUGCACUCCUUGCUUAACCAGCGACCAGAUCUGCGCUUAAUUCUUAUGUCUGCCACCAUCAACAUCAAACUCUUUUCCAGCUACUUCAACAAUGCACCUGUGCUGCAGGUGCCAGGUAGACUAUUCCCCAUUCAGGUGAUAUACCAACCCAUAACUCAAAAAGAACAGGUGUCCCACCUGGAGAAGUUGGACCCAAGACCAUACCUACGUGUGCUGCAGGGCAUUGACCAACGAUAUCCCACUGAGGAACGAGGUGAUCUUCUGAUUUUCCUUAGUGGCAUAGCUGAAAUCUCCACUAUUGUGGAGGCAUGCCAAACCUAUGCUGCACACACCAGUCGCUGGAUCGUACUGCCUCUGCACAGCACCUUGUCACUGGCACAGCAGGAUAAGGUCUUUGAUAUUGCUCCCCCUGGGUUGAGGAAAUGCGUCAUUGCCACCAACAUAGCUGAAACCUCAGUGACCAUUGAUGGGGUGCGCUUUGUAGUUGACUCAGGCAAAGUAAAAGAAAUGACCUUUGACCCAAAGGCCAAAAUGCAGAGACUUCAGGAGUACUGGAUUAGCCGUGCCAGUUCUGAGCAGAGGAAAGGUCGUGCAGGACGAACAGGGCCAGGAGUUUGCUACCGGCUCUAUGCUGAGUCAGACUAUGAGGCCUUUGCCCAAUACCCUAUUCCUGAGAUCCAUCGAGUGGCACUAGACUUGUUAGUGCUACAGAUGAAGAGCAUGGGUCUGGGAGAUCCUUGUUCUUUUAACUUCAUAGACCCUCCUGCAAGAUUUAGCAUUCAGACAUCUGUGAGGUAUCUAAAGGAACAAAGCGCACUAGAUGCUCAAGGAGAGCUUACCCCCAUUGGCAGUCUGCUGGCCAAGCUACCUGUGGAUGUGGUUAUUGGUAAAAUGCUAGUUCUGGGUUCACUAUUUAACUUGGUGGAGCCAGUGUUGACUGUAGCUGCAGCAUUGAGUGUUCAGUCACCAUUUCUACGCAGUGCUCAGCACAACCCAGAUUGCGCCACUGCACGCCAAACCUUGCAAAGUGACUUGGGAGACCCCUUCACCUUGCUCAGCACCUUCAAUGCAUGGGUACAGGCGAAAGGUGACAAUGGAGGAGGCUCCAGGAAGUGGUGCAAAAGAAGAGGACUAGAGGAACAGAGACUGUAUGACAUAGCCAAUCUGAGAAAACAAUUCAAGGACCUUUUGAGGAGCUAUGGGCUGGUGGAGUCAAACUAUGUGUCUGAGAACCAGGCCCAGCGCAGGAAGAGGUUGACUGAACAUCAAAGACUGCGUCAGCUGAAGAGGGAGCAUGAGUUAACAGAGAACAGUCGCAGGAAAGUAUUGCAUCUACAGGAAGGCCUGGAGAAUUCUUUGUCCUCUGACUCAGAUGAAGAUGCAGGGUCAAGCAAGAAGAACAAAGACUCUGCAGUACAAGACAUAGACAUACAGGAAUUAAAGUUCAAACUGCAGCAUGAUGUAUGCAAGCUUCAAGGAGAUGUAUAUGCCAGUGCAACGCUGUCCUCUCAGGAACGGGCUCUUUUCAGACUGGUGCUUUGCCGUGGACUGUACCCACAGCUGGCCCUGCCUGAUGAACAUAAUUCUUCUCGCAAAGAUUCAGAGCAGGUAUUCCACACUCGUAACAAGCAAGGUGUUGUGAUUCAUCCCACUAGUGUUUUUGCCAGUAAUUCGGAUUUGUUGCACAUACCUCAACAUGAAAUCCGUGCUGAUGGACAGAGUAAUGGGCAUCAGUUACUGGCUUUUGUAACUCUGCUUGAAACUAACAAGCCAUAUUUGUCAAACUGUGCACGGGUCCCUGCCUUGCAGGUUUUGCUGCUAUUGGCAAACUCUAUAGACAGCAAUGCAGACUGCUCACGGCUGGUUGUAGAUGGCUGGCUAGAGCUGGUUAUAUGUGAUAAGGUGGCAGCUCUCAAAGUGCUGUCUUCUGCCCUCAAGAUGAGGGACAAAUGGGACAAUCUGCUGCAGGCCAAGUUGAGCCAGUCAGGUUUGAGAUCUAAUGCCGUUCUGGGGCUUGCUGGCCCAAAACCAGCCUAUCGUGAGACCGAGAAGGUCGCAGAUGGACUAGUACGUUUUCUACUGUAUACUGAGGUGAGUUACAGUCUGAGAAGGCUUACCCCACUGCAGACUCAGAACCUGUAUGUCGGACCUCAGCUGAACAUGGAUGUUUCCCUCCCUCCACUCUUCCCUGAGAUGAAAGCUGAACCAGAUUUAAUAAAAGGCGGUCUAUGCAUCACCAGUUACUUCACCUAUAAUUGCCUCUGUGACUCCAAAGACUUGUACAGUGAGUGUGUGCGGACAUUUUGGACUUGUCCCCACUGUGACCUGCACAUGCCCUUCACACCACUGGAGCAAAUACAGCAUGAGGCCACCUGUAGACCACUAGAGGAACUGCCAAUUAAGGAGGAGCCUGAUACAGUAAAAUCUGGAUCCUUGUCUAAUUUGACUAGACUCUACCAUUGUAAUAUCUGUAAGAAAGACUUCACCUUAUCCUCCACUGAAAUACUUAAACACAAACACCAACACUUGUCCUGAGUUCUUCCUGUCCCUGCGCACAUUAACAUAUUUUUUGAAGAAGAAAUUUGUAUAAGAUUCUUGUAAAAAAAAAAAAAAAAGUUUUGGAUAUUUCUGAAAAAUAUAGCUGUGUGUGUAAAACUGGAUGUGCAAUUGUAAAUCAUAGUUCUAUGAGAAUCAUAAUCUUGCCUAUUUCUGAACUAUAAAUUCAAUUGUCCAGAAAUGUA